GGUUUCAAUCUCUGAUAUAUAUGUGCGGCUAAAACAGUACAGAAUGUGCAUCGUUAUCUUAUUAGCCGACACAAAUAUACUCAACACGCAUUGAUACACGGCAGAGUUAGACGUAACUGCAAUCAAAGAACGACCACAAGAGGGUUUUAAAAAUGGAAUGUAUUUCUGGGAGUUCAUGGAAUUUUUCAGAAGAUCCGAUUUUCCGGGUCCUCCUUAAAAGCGUUUUCAACCCAACAAACAUCUUCAAGUGACAACAAACAUCGCCAGACAAAAUCGAUAAAAAUACUGAACAAAAGAGUAACGAACAACGACCUCAUUCUAUAAUGGCGGACCUGAGCUACAUUUCAUGUCCAAACACUGCCUAUAUCCGGUACAUGUCAAUACCGGACGUGUUGCAAGAAAGGACGAAUGAGGCUCCAGAAAAGGAAAUAUGCGUUCAGAGAUUUGUGGGAGGCGGUAGGAGGUCACUGACGUAUGCUGAACUGUUAAACAGGUCAACAUAUAUUGCCAAAUAUCUUACCGCUAGAGGAAUUGUGCCAGGGGACUGUGUGGCCAUUAUUGGUCUCAACUCCAUCGAGUGGAUAAUAGGCGAGUUCGCAAUCUUCCUUACAGGAGCAGUUGCUCUUCAGGUUAACAAGACAGAUGAGUCGUUCGUCGAGACGAUGAAGUUACUUAAGUCUACACAGAGCAAGGCUGUGUUGCUUGAUCCUGAAUCGGACGAAAAGUACAUAUCAGAUUUGGAAGCCUACUUCACUAUCGAGGAAUCGCCAAAAGAAAAACCGAUAGUUAUGUUGCUACAUAAAUCAGCACUGUCCUCUCUCCCCUCGAUGGCUGAGGUUAAACUGACAGCUGAAGAGGAGGUAAUUGCAUUGCCAAGAAUACAACCAGAGAGUAGUGCCUUCAUUUUUACUACUUCUGGUUCGACAGGAGUUCCAAAGAUGGUCGAGAUGACUCAUUUGUCAGUGGUGAAUGCUUCCUAUAUCCCUUUUGUAGGAACAGGAGGAGAUAUGCCAUACGGUACUUGCUACAACGACCGACCGUUCUCCUGGUCAGGAGGCACUCCGAUAUAUAGUAUCCUUAAUGGUAAUAAGCGAGUGUUUGUUGACACAGCGAUAGGCAUGAAGAAAGAAAACAUCAUGUUGAUAUGGGAUAUCAUCAUGGCUGAGAAAUGCACAAACGCCGUCUUCCUCCCUUAUGCCUUGGUCGAUCUCAUUGCAAAUCUUGACGCCAUCCUUAAACACGGCUAUAUCAUGUACUCCAUUAGUACAGGUUCACAGAAUAUCGGCAGUCAUCUCACUGAAAUAUGUGGUAAAUGUACAAAGAAGUUCUUCAUGGAUUACGGGUCUACUGAAGUUGGAGACGUGUGUUCUAUCGAACUUACUCCAAAAAUGGAGGAAGGCAAUGUCGGAUCGCUGUUUCCAGGAUAUGAAGUCAAGGUUAUCGGAGUCAAUUGUGAAACACUGCAUCGUGAACAGCUGGGUGAAAUCUUAGUGAGAUCUCCAUGGAUGCUAAAAUCAUAUCGAAACGCUCCUGAACUGAACACAGCUUCCUUUGUUGAUGGGGGCUGGUUUCGAACCGGAGAUAUUGGGAUCAUUACCAACGACGGCAAGCUAUUUGUGAAAGGAAAAUCUAAUGACGUUAUUAAGCGUGGAGGCUUGAAGGUUUUGACCAGCGUGGUUGAAGCAGCGAUGCAUAAACUCCCGUGUGUAAGGGAGGUCGUAGUGAUCUCGGUACCGGACAAACGGCUUUUUGAGGAGGUGUGCGCCUGUUACAUACUGAAGGAUUAUGUGAAUGCAUCAGAAGAUGAACUUGACCAGAAAUGUCGAGCAAUCCUAGGGGAUAAUGUGUUGGGCAGUACACCUACCUACUUUCUCAGGUUUGAUGCGUUUCCGAGAUUGAGUAAUGGUAAGACUAACAGGAUCCGUGUAAAAACACAAGCCCUGGGAAGAUUGGAACUCGAUUUAAUUAAGUAAUUAAU